UGUCAGAUAAAGGCGGGGAACACUGAUAUGCUCCGUCUGCCAUUCUAUGAUUUUGAUCCGCACAUCAUUUUAAUUUAUUCGCGAUGGCCUAGAGUCUAGCAUCUGCUCUACAUAUUCGUAUUCUUUUUGUCUAUAUCUUCCGUACCCAACAUGUCUGAGACCGCAAUUCCUGUCUGGCUCGAUUGUGAUCCUGGACACGACGAUGUCUUUGCGAUCCUUAUUGCUGCCCACCACCCGUCCCUGAAUCUCCUCGGCAUCACCACCAUUCAUGGGAAUGCGUCUCUUGCCAAUACCACGGCAAAUGCUGGAAGUGUCUUGGAGGCUAUUGGGCGACCAGAUAUACCUGUCUAUCCCGGCGUCAGUAAACCCUUUUGCCGGCCUGCCGUACAUGCGCCAGAUAUCCAUGGCGAAUCUGGCCUAGAUGGCACCGACCUUCUCCCCAAAGCUAGCCGACCGGCUAUCACAGACAAAAAUCCCAUCUUGGCAAUGCGCGAUGCUCUUCUCGCUCAGCCUCCAAAUACAGCAUGGGUUGUUGCUACUGGAGCUCUGACAAAUGUUGGGCUUCUGUUUGCGACCUUCCCAGAAGUUGCUGCCCAUAUAAAAGGACUGAGCAUAAUGGGAGGGGCGGUUGGAGAAGGGUUCACUGAUGUUCCUAUGAGCCGUUUGCCUGGUGAAAAAGCACGUAUAGGCAAUACCACACCGUGGGCUGAAUUCAAUAUUUAUUGUGAUCCAGAGGCUUCUCGGUCCAUUCUAUCAAACUCAAUACUCGCCCCAAAAACGACAUUAAUAGCCCUGGAUCUGACACAUCAAGUACUCGCAACCCUCCCUGUGCAGGAAAGAGUAUUGAAGGCUGCAAAAUCCGAUGGACCCUCGGUGAAUAACCUACGCCAGAUGCUACACGACUUGCUCUUGUUCUUUGCUGGAACAUACUCUGCAGUCUUCGGCAUCGAUGAUGGACCUCCACUCCACGAUCCAUUAGCCAUGGCGGUGGUUCUGUCGAACCUCAAUCCCGAAUAUGCCCAAGCCAAUCCGAGCACAGCUCUCAAAUUCAAUGAUGAUGGCGGGGAACGGUUUGUGGUAAAUGUUGUGACUGAUGGUGAGCAUGGCGGAACUGUUUCUGCCACGGGGCAACUUGGACGCACAAUUGUGACGCCGGUCAAGGGCCCAGGUGUCGCAAUUCCAAGGGGAGUGGACACAGACUCGUUCUGGAAUCUACUCAUUUCAUGUUUGGAGAAGGCAGAGAAACAUUCUCCUAUGGUACAGUAACCAAUCUACAGAUUUGGAAAUCUGAUAUUUUGGAUUUGGCCAGAGGAUUCAUUCCUCGUUGCUGACCAUCAGGAUUGAAUAUGGCAAUUUCAGGAGAUCGAUCUUGAUUUUGUAUGUGGAUUAUAAGUAAAUAUAGACUAGAGUACAUAUAUAGAUUUGAACCACUCUUCCUUAUCGUCUCA